AUGUCAAUUGAAUUAAAAGGUGAAGCAAAAAUCUCAGGUAAAAACUGUAUCAUUGCAGGAGGUACUAAGAAUAUGGGUGGUGGAACUGCCGAAGAGUUAGCUAAAUUUGGAUGUAACUUAUUCUUACACUUCCACUCAGAUAAAGAUAAGGCAAAUGCCGAAGCUUUGAAAGAAAAAUUAUCAAAGUCAGUAAAAGUUGAAUUAUGGCAAGGAGCUUUAGAUGACGAAUCAGAUGUUAGUAAAUUUUUCGAAGCUGGUGAAAAGUUCUUUGAUGGUGGUAUUGAUAUUUGUCUUAACUUUGUUGGUAAAGUAUUGAAGAAGCCAAUGGUUGAGUUUUCUGCUGAAGAAUUCGAAUCAAUGGAUACCGUCAAUAAUAAAAUUGCCUUCUUUUUCUUACAAGAGUCAGCCCGUAGAAUUAAUCAAAAUGGGAAGAUUGUUACUUUGGUCACUUCAUUAUUGGCUGCUUAUACUCCAUUGUAUUCAUUGUAUCAAGGUACAAAAGCACCAGUUGAGUUUUAUUCCAAGGGAUUAUCAAAGGAAUUGAUUCCAAAAGGUGUUAGUGUAAACUGUGUUGCUCCAGGACCGGUUGAUACAUCAUUCUUCUACUCUGGAGGUGAACAAAAACAAGAUAUUGAGUUCUAUAAGACGGUUACUAUUAGACAAAGGUUAACUUAUGUUGAAGAUGUUGUACCAAUUAUGAGAUUUUUGGUUACUGAAGGAUACUGGAUCACUGGCCAAACCAUUUUCUGUUCUGGUGGGUUUACAGCUCAUUAG